AUGACAUCAAGCAACGAGUCUCUAGUUGUUCGCGUACAGGGACAAUCCAAAUUGGUCAAAGAACAACUUCCCCUACCGGCACCCAACAUAGGUCAAGUACAAGUUAAGGUGUCGCAUGUCGCACAAAAUCCCACAGACGUUCAAUCCUUUGACGUGAAUGCUUUCGGUGAUGGAGCUGUGCUUGGGUGUGAUUUCGUUGGAGAAGUUACUGGGUUGGGAGACGGAGUCACUCGACUUGGUCGGGGGGACAUUGUGGCAGGGUUGACUUGGGGUGGGGAAAUCCCUGGCCUGGGUGGAUAUGCUCAAUACAGUGUUGCGGACCAGCGUAUAUCCUUCAAAGUGCCUGCAGGAAUUUCGCGGGCGGAGGCAAGUACUGUUCCUCUUGCUGCCACUACAGCAUGGCUUGCGUUGUUCUCAAAGUGUUGUUUGAAUAUCGAUCGCUCUAGGGCCAGUAAGACAAGUAUUUUGGUCUGGGGUGGCAGUUCAAGCGUGGGACUAUAUACUAUUCAGCUCGCCGCUAUAUAUGGCUUCAAUGUUAUCACGACAUGCCGCCCACACAACGCCGACCUUGUUCAGUCAUACGGCGCCAACCAUGUCUUUGAUUACAACGACCCCAGCGUGAUUGAGAAAAUCAAAGACGCUGCACCUAGCCUACAACAUAUUUUCGAUACCAUUGGAAAUAACACAUCUUCAGCUAUAUCGUCUCAGGCUUUUGGAGGCCGUCAAGGUCAUUUAUGUACCGUGAGGCCGGGGAAGGCACACACAGAACAGGUCACCGCCAACACUCAUGUCACCGAUGUUUUAGUCUGGACUGCCUUUCUGAAAGACCAUGCAUAUGGCGAUUAUCGUUGGCCGGCCUCGCAGGAGGACCAUGAGUUGGCCAGUGAAUUGUUCGAAAACUUGCCCUCUUGGUUGGCGCAGGGCGCAAUCAAGCCAAACAAGGCCAAGAUCUUCCUUGGGUUGGAUUCUGUUCCCCAAGGGUUCCAGGAAUACCGGGAUGGUAAGGUUUCCGCCUAUAAGAUCGUCUAUGAAGUGUGA